CGGCGCCGGACGGAGAAGCAAGCGGGGCAGAGGGAGACUCGUCGAGGGAAGACUAAGCGAAAGCAGCCGAGACGCCCCCCCCUCCUCACUCCCUCUCUUUGCAAAAACAAGAUUUGUGCAGCCUCCUCCCGGCUCGGCAGCCACACCAUGGACGGUUAUGCGCGGACAGAGGAUGAGCUGUUCUCCUCCUGCCUCCUGAACCUCACCUGGGAGAAUUGCUACGAGCAGUGUGCUGCCUUGGUUGGUGAAGACCAGCCCCUCUGUCCAGACCUCCCCGAACUUGACCUGUCAGAGCUGGAUGUCAGCGACUUGGACGCAGACAGCUUCCUGGGUGGCCUCAAAUGGUACAGCGACCAAUCGGAGAUCAUUUCCUCUCAGUAUGGCAACGAGGCGUCCAAUCUCUUUGAGAAGAUAGAUGAAGAAAAUGAGGCCAACUUGCUGGCAGUGCUUACAGAGACCCUGGACAGCAUCCCGGUGGAUGAGGACGGAUUGCCUUCGUUUGAGGCCCUGGCAGAUGGGGACGUGACCAAUGCCAGUGAUCGGAGCUGUCCCUCCUCCCCUGACGGCUCACCGCACACCCCAGAGCCAGAAGAGCCUUCCCUGCUGAAGAAGCUCCUUCUGGCGCCCGCAAACUCCCAGCUCAGCUAUAAUCAAUACACAGGUGGCAAGGCACAGAACCAUGCAGCCAGCAGCAACCACCGGAUCAGACCACCACCUGCCGUCGUCAAGACGGAGAGCCCCUGGAACGGCAAAGCGAGGGGGGGCUCCGGCCAACAGAACCGCCCGGUAAGGCGGCCCUGUACCGAGCUGCUGAAAUACCUGACAGCCACUGAUGACAUCCUGCUGCACACCAAAACCAGUGAAGCCAAGGGCGCCUGGGGGGCUGCUGGCAGCAGGGAAAAGGGCGGCCUGGGUCUCGGCGCCUCGUCCUCCUCCUCCUCGCCGUCCUCGUCAUCCACGUCCUCGUUCUCGUCCCUCUCCUCCACCUCCUCCUCCUCUUCCUCCUCCAACUCUAAGAAGAAGUCAGCCGUGCCGUCUCAGCAGCAGCAGCAGCCGCCGCAGCAGCAUCACCAGCGAGGUGAGAGCCGGGCUGCAGGCGAAUGUAGUGUGGCUGGUGUUGGGGCUGGGAAGUGGCGGCGUUGCGCUCACGAUGACGGGGUUGAGGAGUCGGAGGGUGCUCCUGUCCCUGUCGGCCGCAGGAGCUCCACCUGCGGCCAUGCCCGCCCCAAACUGGAGCACGGGCCGUCCAGUGAAGAAGGAAGGCCGCCAGGCGACGCCGGCCGCCUGGCCGCCGCUAGGUUCAUUAGGUACAUGCAUUCUUAUUCCCUCCCUCCCCGAGAGGUGAGUCACAGCUGUGAGCAUUGCCGAGAGGCUGCAGGCGCCACUCAGGCUAGUGAGGGCUGGGGCAGGCAAGGCCAUAGUGGUAGUAGUGGUGCCAGCAGCGCACCACAUAGGCACAUCACAGUGACCAUUAAGAAACGAGAUGAGAAGCCGGGGCACCCCUUACUUAGCCAGCUGCUCACCUCCAAACAGAGGCCCGCCCACUACCGGGCCCACCUGAUCCCACCCAAGAUCACCCCUUUACCCAGCACCCAGAGCAAAUUAGCAGGCAGGCGGUCUGAGAACCCCACCCAGGCUGUUGCAAAGGAGGAGGAGGAGUUUAGGGGGACCAUUGACCUCAGCGACCGGGCAGUAGGCAAGGCUCAAGAGCCUGACUCGAAGGCCCUGCUGUCGCUUCUCGCCUUAGACCUAGAGAGCUGGGUUAGUCAGCCAGAUCCAGGGCUAGAUCUGGGCUUGGGACUAGAGCUGGGGUGGCCAAGCCAGGGGGGCUUUGGGGAGGAUGUUGACCAUGAUGAUGUUGAUGAUGAUGAUGAUGACCAUGUCACGGGCAGCCCCACAGCGGUGCUCUCGCAGGGCCCACCGAGCCCACUCUUCCCAGAUACUAGAAUUGCAGAGCCCGCCCCUCCCUCCAUCAUACAAGGGCAAGGGUCCCCACACAGGCAGGCACUCAGCGAGCACCCCGACGACCAGGGCCACCCGUUGUUAGCCAAACCAACCACCUUGCCACUUCCUUUGACCCCAGAGUCUCCAAAUGACCACAAGGGAUCACCGUUUGAGAACAAAACCAUUGAACGCACAUUAAGUGUGGAGAUCGCUGGAACCCCAGGUCUGACACCACCUACCACGCCCCCACACAAAGCCAGUCAAGAGAACCCUUUCAAAGCAUCGCUCAAAACCAAGUUGUCUUCAUGUUCCUCCUCUGCCUUGGCGUGCAAAAGGGCCAGGCUGAGCGAGUCGGGCCCCGGCGCUCUGGCCCUGGCCCCAAGCGCCUCAGGCGGAGGCCCCACCAGGAAGGGUCCCAAACAGACUGAGCUAUAUGCCCAGCUGAGCAAAGCGUCCACCGCCCUCCCCUCCUCUGUCACCCUACACCCAGUGGGGGGCGGCCUUGAGGAGCAACGCAGCACUGGCAACAACAAGCGGGCGGCGCCCCGUGGCUAUGGUGACCACGACUAUUGCCAGGCGUCAGCCGGCACUAAGAAGGACGGUGGCACGGCCAGCGCCACCGUCACCAUGACUACUACCGCGGCAACGAUGGUCACCCCAGGUGCCAUCGUUGCCCCCAUGCCUGCUGCAGGCAUGGUGGAGGACAGGCAUGUGGAAUGUAAGGACUCAGCCAUGCCGCCCUCCUCUUCAUCAUCAUCUUCAUUUCCUUCUACUCCAUCAUCAGCUUCAUCCUGUUCAUUGGCUAAGCAGUCCCAGCUGAGUUUUCCCUCCGUGGAUCGAGAAGCAGCCCGGGGCCAGGGGUUAGAGGAGCAGACCCUCACCCAGAACACCCAGAUUCCCUCACAACAGGCCACGACCGACAGGGACCAACAGCACCCUUCUGCCACCAGCCGGAAGCUCCUGUGCGACCAGGAAAUCAGAGCGGAACUCAACAAGCACUUUGGCCACCCGCCACAAGCCAUCUACAGCCAGGGUGGCGAGGAGAGAGUGGAGGAGGCAGGCGGCAAGGUGAACCAGGCUGCCGACCCGCAGUCCCUUGAGGAGGCAGAGGAUGAUGACUACUACUCCCAGAGGCUGCCUGGCUCAGGCUACCUGCACCCGGGGUUCCUGCCCUUCCACGAUGAGCUAGAGCUGGGCGAGGGCCACGAGGGUCGCUUCCUCCACCCGUGGGAGGGCACCCCUCUGGACCUGCUCUUUGACUGCCCCCCCUGCUCGCCCUCCUGCUCCCCACCAUCCAGCUGUUCGCCCUCACGAGGCUCUGUCUCCCCACCUUCUUCCCUCCUCCUUUCACCCAGCAGGCCUUUCUGUUGGCCCAGCAGUGGGUCCCGCUCCCGUUCUCGUUCCCACUCCGGCUCCCGCAGCUCCUCCUCCCGCUGCCGGAGGCGCUCCCUUUCCAGCUCGCCCGAUGGACGUCCCUCCUCUUGGUCCCGUCACAACACAGAUUCAAGCUCGUUUCGCUCCAGGACUCACAAGAGCCCCCACUCUCAGUCUCGAUCUCCUCUCAGCCGCAGGCCAAGGUAUGACAGCUACGAGGAAUACCAGCACGAGAGGCUGAAAAGGGAGGAGUACCGCCGGGACUAUGAGAAGCGGGAGUUCGAAAGGGCCGAGCAGAGGGAGAGGCAACGGCAAAAAGCAAUAGAGGAGAGACGGGUGGUGUACGUGGGGCGACUGAGGUCCGACAGCACCCGGACAGAACUGAAGCGCCGCUUUGAAGUCUUUGGCGAGAUUGAAGAGUGUGCAGUGAACCUGAGGGACGAUGGGGACAAUUUUGGCUUCAUCACGUACCGCUACACUUGUGACGCUUUCGCCGCCCUUGAGAACGGACACACCUUACGCAGGUCAAACGAGCCUCAGUUCGAGCUGUGCUUUGGCGGACAAAAGCAGUUCUGCAAAUCAAAUUACACAGACUUGGACUCCCACUCGGACGACUUUGAUCCAGCCUCCACAAAAAGCAAGUACGACUCCAUGGAUUUUGACAGCUUGCUGAGGGAGGCCCAGCGCAGCCUGAGAAGGUAACAAGUUCAGUGACACCUGCUGUCUGUCUACAAAAGAGGGACUUCUGAUACCUCACUGUUGUUUCUCGCUCCUUUGACGACGAGACUACCAGAAGUUUUACACUCUAUGUCACAGAGUAUAUAAAAAUACGUCUAUAGACCUAUACCUAUAUAUGAAUAUAUCAAAAAUAAAGUUUACAUGAACAUAGCUGCUGAAGAGCUGGGAAGAGACAUUGCAUACUGGGAAAAGCCAGUGAACCCUCAGAACCCUGUGCACAGAUUUGGUGCGCUCUACUGCUGUACCACGGUCAGUGAAAGAUAAAAAAAAAAAAAAGAAGAAAAAAAAAUGAAAGAAAAAAAAAGCAUUCAUGAGUUUGUUUGUUUUUCUCCAAGCACUACAACACCCACAAUGCAUUGGGGGGUGAAAACAUGCAGCUUGUUCAGUCAGAUUAUUAUUGAUAUUAUUAUUAUUUUGCUGUUGAUUGUCUCCCUUCUUUUUUUUUUUUUUUUUUAAACUUGGUGUUUGGAUGUGGUGUUACAUUACAAACAAGAGUAUAGGGAAUUGUAUCUCGGAGGUAAAAUUCUCAAGGUAACAUUGCUGUCUACAUUUUAAGGAGAAAUGUAGCCCUGUAUUUACAGGUAUUAAAAAAAAAAAGGAAUAUUUUUAUUUUAUGUACAUAUCGGACAAAGUUCUUUAUUUGUUACAGCUAUGCACUGUAAAACGCAGCCUUUUUUUAAAAAUGAGGAAGAAAAUUUCUUAAUUCAGAAUGUCGAUCUGCAGUUAUUACAAUAAUGUAAAGCAUAUUGUACACCUACAUGAUGUUUAGAAGACAUGAUGUGAUUGUAAAAAAAAAAGAAAAAAAAAGAAAAAAGAUGUGUCAGAGUGCUCAUUUUGAGGGAGCAUGUGAACAAACUUCCUUUUUUAAGAGUUAUUUUGUUGGGGAAAAAAAAAAAAGAACAGUCAACCAUGUAUAGUUUUCUCUGUUUAUAAAGUUUCUCAAUCAGUGUUUUUUGCUUAUACAACCAGUGUAAAAUGCAUUUUUAACGUGUUUUUCAUGAUUGUAAGAAGGAACCCCCUUUUUUUUUUUUUUUCUUUUUAUUAUUUCUGAAACAAUCAGUAUAUAUUCAACCCAGUUUGAUUUUACUGCUUUUUAUGGUUUCUAUCUGAUUUCCCUCUCAGUGAACACUGCAUUCAAAUCUUUUCAAUCAGUAUGAACACACAUAUUUAUUUAUUUUAAUAUUUGAAUCAAAUAUUUAUAGGCUCCAUUUCACAUGGUGUACCUCACUAAAUUUAUUUGCUAUUUAUGUUGUUGUUUGAUUUGUGUUAUUUAACUUACAAUCACUGGUUAGGUCGUACAAUAAACGGUUUUGGUGGGGAAAUAUUACUUUCUAUGCCUUUCAGAAACAAUCAAAAACGUUCAGCUAAUCACUCCGGCCGUCAGCCCGCCGCUCGAGACGCGGCUGCUCAUCGCUGCCGUGGUUUCUGACUCCACGGCAGCGCUUUGCAGCUCCGAAUCCCAUCCGCAGCACAUCGUUGGUUUUCCUCCUACACAGUAGAACAUGAAGCAAUAAAAUGAUUUUUGCAGGAAUUUUGUUGUACCACCGUCAACACCCGCUCCACACACGCUUGAUUAUGUGAAUGCCAAACAAAAGUUUACAAUUUUCUUUCCUGAAUUUUUUAAAAGAUCUUGUAUUUGAUGUACAAAAUAUAUAUACACGAUGAUGAUACUACUAAUAUUAUUCACGAUAAUUACCAGAUGAUUAAUAAUAACAAUGACAAUAAUAAUAUAAAUGAAAGAAAAAAGUAUAUAAAAAGCAAUAAAUUAUUUUUCAGAGUUGUAUUUUAGCUUCUACUGUUGUGUGAUUUUUGGACUUGACCCAUUACCCAGUCGCUGGCUAGCUAGGACGACUCCAUUCCAGUGUCUUGGCAUCUCGACAUCGCGGUCUUACCCGUGGAGGUAAACGCUCAAAUGCCCCAAUGCCCACCUGCUCUUUCCCUUUAAUAUGUAUUUGAGUCACUAUGUAAGUGUAAUAUCCCCAUCACCUUGUGACAAAUGUGCAAAUGUGACUGACUCUUACUCCACUCUGUGUGUAAAAUGUAUAGAGUUGACUUUGGCACCUAAACUGUGUGUUGUGUAGUGCAUGGCUAUUAGAAGAUGACAGUCAGUACAGCGCAUACCACUAUGGAUAUCUGGCUCUCAGCUGUCUGAAUGGCAGAUCUGAAAUGACAUUCUAUAAGCCUAGAGAAAACUACUCAACAAUGUAUCGCAUGCCGCACCACUUUCCAUCACCACCCGGCCCCUGCCCCGCUCCCCCUCCCCGCACCCCCCCCCCCCUACACCCGCCUCAGCGCCUCACAGUCCAGAUAUCACAGCGCCGUCGACAUGACAUAAAAGGUAACCUUGCGGUUUCUGGUUCAAUUAAUAUCCCGUUUCUAGCGCGAGCCAAGUAAUGAGAGAACCAGCUUCCAUCAGAGGAAAGAGAAACCUUUUGUAUGAAAAGCCUCUGCUGAUCACAGGCUACCUUUCAUGGAGUUUGACUGUGGAGACGAGAACCGGCUAAUUUUUGUGAUGCAAAGAGGCAAAAAUUGGUUGAGGGAGGGGAGAAAAAAAAAAUUCCCUUUACCUGUGUUUUACAACAUUGUUUUACUUUUUGCUGUCUGUAUAGCGUUUGGGUAAUGGUGUCGUGUCCCAUUUGAUAGAUGUGGCUUUAAUCAUUGUAAUAAUAAAAAAAAAAUGCUUUGUAAAUUGCCUAGAAUAGCAAUAUAUUAUAACACCUUAUGGUUCAAAUUUCAACUGUGGCAGACUUUUUAAUAAUGUGACCUACUGAGGAAUUUGCCACUGCUUAAACGUUUGUUGGGUAAUCAUGUUUCUUUUGGAAGGACAAUAUGUGUGCGAGCGUGAGUCAAUGUAUGUACCGUGUGUGUGUGUGAGGUUGUGUUUUUAGGCAGGUAUGUGUGUGUGUUUGGAAACGUGUGUGUGUGUACGUGUCGGGUGGGGGGAAGGGGUCGCUUCGGGUUGUUACCGGUUUGUGUCCUAUCCACGUUGCCUUCUGCCAAGUCCUUACCAAUGCCUUUGUGGUUCUACCUAUUGUAUGACUUUCUUGUGAAUUUUAUUUUUUAUGUGCAAUUCUCAUCAGCCUCACCAUGCCAAUAAAGGGAAAUGUGUUUGAAAGAAA